CGAUUCAUUUCAAUUUAGUCACAUCGACAGUACGGUAGUGUCUCUACAAACUCUAAGAUCAGCCACAAUCUUUUAAUAGAAUUAUUCUAUGACUAACCUCCGUAAACGAGUGUAAAUGUUGAUAUGGAUCUAUACGACAUCCUUCUACAAGCAGGAUUGAUAACAUCCGCACUGGUUUUAUAUUUAAUUUAUUUUAGAAGACCUACUAAUAAAACUGGACCGUACAGAGAGAAAGAAUGGAAUUACAUAAUAAAAUAUAUCUUUGCACGUAUCGCGGUCAGGCGAUGGAAAUCACAGUUUCCUUCAAAGUUCGUUGUGUCAGAGAAAAGUAAAGAAGGUUUGACAGAAGGAUGGGACGGUAUUUCAAUACGGGCGUCUGCGACAGAUGGCACCAGCGUGCUGUUGAGUAUACGCAAAAUAUGUGGACGCAAGCCAAUGGCCGAAGUUAAUUUGUAUGUAAAAUUAGCUGAUGGAACUUCAUAUAAAUUACCAAAUUAUCCUGACACAUUAAUGGUUCCAUGGGAAAGUAUAGAUGACGGAUGGUGCGCGGGAGGGUUGAAGAUCCAGAUCCUUGAACCGGAGGAAAGAUUGAGGAUUUUGUACAAUGGUUUACUAACGAAUUCAGUCGACAACAUCACGCAACAUGUGCGACUUAAUCUUAUUUGGUGCUCAGCGACGAGUGUGGUGCGGCACCCGGCGGACUGGAGCGAGCAGCUCGCUGCUCAUGCGCUGGCACUAGACACGUGGCGCGAUGGAUCCUGGACUCAAAUACUAAGUAAAUUCGGGCACAAUGGCUGGCUGCAGUUCGGCGCGGUGCAGGGCACACUGCAGACGUUCGAGGAGGAGGGUGCCCUGCAGAGGAAGGAGCGGCUGCGACUGCGAGGAGUGCGCGAAAGAGGCUGGUCACGAGACGUCUGCCCUAGACGCGCGCUCACCCUCACCGCCGCCGCCAAGGACGGCACGGCUAUCGUGCUGAGAGGACUUUCAUACAAGAAUAUGUUUAAUGAGUUAGUCUACUUAUACUAA